UCUCGCGAGAUUUGAAUGGAGAGCUGCGCUGUGGGCCGGCGAGCGCCACCUGGAGGAAGCACGCGCCUCUGCGUCUCUCAGGAGACGCUUACUCAACAUUCGCGGCUCGAUGGUGCGCCCUCCGUGUGUUUAUUAAAUCAUCCGGUGUUUCUGAGUCGCUCAGUGAUGGAGGUGAACCGGGAUGAAGCGGAGCGCUGCAUCGAGAUCGCGCUCGGAGCGCUGGAGCACGCGCAGCCGGAGAGAGCGCGCAGGUUCCUGGAGAAAGCGCAGCGGCUUUUCCCGACGCGCAGAGCCCGGGAGCUGCUGGCGUCUCUGGAGCAGAACGGCGAGGCGUCGUCUCCGAGAGCCGCUGAUGGCACAGAAGCUGGUCAGCGCAGGUCAGAGGUCAGCAGUAAUGACUCCAGUAAACCCUACACAGCGGAGCAGGCCGAGGCCGUCAGGAGAAUAAAGCAGUGUAAGAACUACUACGAGACUCUGGGCGUGCAGAAAGAUGCUUCUGAAGACGAUCUUAAGAAAGCUUACAGGAAGCUGGCGUUAAAGUUUCACCCUGAUAAGAAUCACGCUCCAGGAGCCACAGAGGCGUUUAAAGCGAUAGGAAACGCGUACGCAGUUCUGUCGAAUGUGGAGAAGAGACGGCAGUACGAUCAGGUCGGCUCGGGUCGAUCCAGCGAGACCAACGACACACACUUCGAAGCCGAUAUUUCACCUGAAGAUCUCUUCAACAUGUUCUUCGGAGGAGGAUUCCCUUCUAGUAAUGUUCACAUGUACAGUAACGGACGGAUGCGCUUUAAUCAGAAUCAGGGCGAGAGAGGAGAACAGCGAGGGGGAGGUCUUGCUCUUCUCAUGCAGUUGAUGCCCAUCCUCAUCCUCGUCAUCGUAUCAGCGCUCAGUCAGAUGAUGGUCACCAACCCUCCCUACAGCCUCAGCUUCAGACCGUCAGCGGGUCACACACAGAAGCGCGUGACGGAGAAUCUGGGCGUGACGUAUUAUGUGAACGAGCGAUUCUCGCAGGACUACAGCGGCGCGAGUCUGACACGAGUCGAGAGCAGCGUGGAGGACGACUACAUCUCCAACCUCAGGAACAACUGCUGGAGAGAGAGACAACAGAAGGAGGGUCUGCUGUACCGUGCGCGAUAUUUCGGGGACAGUGAUCUGUACCAGCGGGCUCAGCGGAUGGGAACCCCGAGCUGCUCUCGGCUGUCUGAGGUUCAGGAGUCUUUACACGGAUAGAUGAAGCUUCAGUGCAAUAGCUGGUUCCAAAAAACAAUCUCUCCAGUCUGGAAUAUGAAAGAACGCCAUGCAUUUGUUUGAAAAACAGGACUGAGCAUUGCAACAACUACUGAACUCGACUAGAAAGACUUACUGAGGACUGAAGCGGUGUGUGUGCGUGAGCGUGCGUGUGUGUGCGUGUGUGUGUGUGUGUGUGUGUUUGUUCAUGCAUGCAUACUAAGGACCAUGUACGUGAGCGUGCGUGUGUGUGUGUGUGUGCGUGUGUGUACAUGCAUGCUAAUGAUUGUGUGUGUGCAUGCCUCUGUGUGUGUGUGUACGUGCAUACAUGUUAAGGACCAUAUACGUGAUCAAGUGUGUGUGUGUGUGUGUGUGUUUGUUCAUGCAUGCAUGCUAAGGACCAUGUACGUGAGCGUGCGUGUGUGUGUGUGUGCGUGUACAUGCAUGCUAAUGAUUGUGUGUGUGCGUGCCUCUGUGUGUGUGUGUACGUGCAUACAUGUUAAGGACCAUGUACGUGAUCAAGUGUGUGUGUGUGUGUACAUGCAUGCUAAGGAUUGUGUUUGUGUGUGUGUGUGUGUGUGUGUGUGUGUGUACAUGCAUGCUAAGGAUUGUGUGUGUGCGUGUGUGUGUGCGUGCAUUCUAAGGACCAUAUACUUUGAGCAAGUUUUUAGUGUGUGUGUGUGUGUGUGUGUGUGGACUUGCAUGCAUGCUAAGGACCAUGUACGUGAGCAAGUGUGUGUGUGUGUUUGUGAAACUGGAGCUGGUGUUUUGGACUCCUGGAUGAAGGACGUUCCUCACAGUCUGAAUGUUCUGGCCUGGAUUAAAGUUCAUGGUGUUGUUUCUCUAAUUUCAAACUUAUUUUCAGCUCUGGCUGGAAUCAACAACCUGGUUUUGCUUUAUGAAACAGACUGGAGACUCCAAUGACAAUAUCUGCAUUUAUUUAUUUGAGUUUGUUUAGAUCGAGAUCAUGACUUUUUAAUGAUUUAUAUUUGUAUGUAUGUGAUUUAUCUAUGCAGGGAUCUUACUGAUUAAAUUAUUGUGUAUGCGUGUUAGGAGUAACUACUGCUUCUGUACAGCUGAUAUUUAUUGAAGGAUUGAAUAGGAGUAUUUAUUUCAUAUGAAGUUUUAUUUUCUACAUGACUAGUUUCAUUGCUGACAGAGACUACGCUGCAUUUAUUUCACUCUGAAAACAAAUAAAGGUUGUACGUGCCACUGUCCACAGAGUGGGUGUGUGAUUCAUUGUGUUUUAGACGCAGGAUGCCAGCUAGUUCCACAGUCAGCUGAAGCAUGCUUCUCAGCACGUUCUUAGUCAGCCAUCUGAAGAAAAAAAAAAAGGAAAACCAGCGUGUGAAAGGUUGAGAAAAACAGCUGAGAGAAGUAACAGUUCUCCUGAAGAUGAACAUUCCAGAUUAGGAUGAGUUUGUUUCUUCAUCAGGUUUGGAGAAAUGUAGCAUAAUCUAUAAUAAAACUUCCUCCAGUGAAAAAGUGUUCUGGUCUGAAUCAGCUCUGGAUUUUGAUGUGAGAGACAACAGAAGAUGCACUUUUACACUGGAAGAAGUGUUAUGGACUCAUAAAAUCAUCUUAAUGCUGGAUGUGUUUCAUCUUUUGUCUUCUCCAGAUGUUCACUGAUGGACUGGAGUGCUGUGGAUUAUUGUGAUGUUUUUAUCAGACUCUCAUUCUGACGGCACCCAUUCACUGCAGAGCAUCCGUUGAUGAGACACUGAUGCACAAAUGUCAGGAAAUCUGAUUGUAUAAAGUUUAAUCAGUGACGCAUCUCUAUAAAGUGUGGCAUCUCUGAAAAUAUUAAUACAUGCAAUUUCUCCUUUCCCUGAUUUCAAGAGAAUGCAUGAAUUGAUAAUGCAUGCACUGCUAUUAUUAUUAAGUGCAAGAAAAGUAACUUUAGACAAAAGCAUCGGUUAAAUGCUUGAAUCUUAAACAUCCCAAAAGUUAAUAAAAAUGCAAAGACGUUUUUUUCAAAAAAAGAUAAUUUAUUUUCUGCAUGUCGCUCAAGUACAAAUCCCCCCCUCCAGAAUACAUUUCAUUUGAAUAUCAAAUAAAUAAGAUGCAUAUGAUUGUAAAAUACAAAAAAAAAAAAAACUUCCGUUUGAUCUAAGAGAACAAUAACUGCAUCCAGACACUUUGUUACACAUCUUUGAACAAAUCGGCACUUGAAUAAAAAAAAAAAAAAAAAACAAAAAAAAAAAAAAAAA